UAUGAUGCUUUGCGGAUUAGCCAUAUAUUUGUUUCUAUUUUGUACUGAAAUACCUUCUUAUACACACAACCAAACAUCAACUUUGAUAUCAUACUCUUCACUACUAUCUCUAACACUCUUUGAAAUGACGACAUCCUCUUCAAUACCUUGUCUUAUCUCCUUCACAAUCUUCUUCCUCAUCAUUUCAACUUGUGUGAAAUCUAAAAAAGAUUCUUUCGUCAUAGAAAUCAUACACCGUGAUUCUCCAAAAUCCCCACUAUUCGAUAACACCACAACUCACUUCCAAAGAUUCUACAAUGCCUUGCUUCGAUCUGAACAGCGAAUGAAUUACUUGUUCCCCAAUAAAACUAGCACCAUAAACAAUUAUGAUCCGCGACCUACUUUGUUUGGCCGACCUGGAGGAGAAUAUGUCAUGCAGUACUCCUUGGGACGUCCAAUGUUUGAAACAUAUGGCAUCAUUGACACAGGUAGUGACCUCACUUGGCUACAGUGCAUACCUUUCACAACAAGUUUUGAUCAAGGUUCUCUGCCGUACUUGGAUACUAAUUUUAACUGGGGUCUCCACGUUGUGGAAUGCCAAAGCCGACCGUGCGUACACAUUGUGAAUCCAUCAGUGACGCAAGUCUUUUGUGCUCAUGAUAGUUGUCAGUGUAAAUAUAUGGUAUCAUAUGCUGAUGAUUCAACUACAGCUGGAGACGUGUUCCACACGUUACUCAGACUUCAAACAGUAAAUGGUGACUUUAGGGGAUUUCCUAUGUUCAUAUUUGGAUGUAGUAGAGAAACAACAAGUGAUAUUGGUCCAGGAGCUUUUUCUGGCAUAGUUGGGCUUGGAAGAGGACCAGCAUCACUGGUCUCACAACUCUAUAACUACAUUGAUGGAAAAUUCGCUUACUGUUUAGCACCAGUUGGGCAAGAUGCUGAUAAUGACAUGAGGUUUGGUCCAAUUGCUGCUGUUUCUGGACCAGAUGUCGUUUAUACUCCAAUGAUAGCAGGAAAUUCAAUAACUUAUUAUCAUAUUUUGAUGGAGGGGAUUACUGUGGGAGACGUAUAUAUACCUUUUUUAUCAGGUAAUACUAUAGUAGUAACUAGACUACCAGAAAGAUUUUACUCAUUUGUUGAAGGACAAGUUGCAAGACAUUUGGAUCCUUUGUAUACACGUGCAAGGGACCCAGGAGGAUUUUACAGCCUUUGCUAUUCAAUUACCGAUGUUGAGAGAAUUCAAGGUCCAGGUAUUACAAUUCAUUUAAGAGGAGGAGAUUUAGCGUUAAGUGCAUAUAAUAUCUAUGCUAUGAUUGAUGAUGGACUGCUGUGCUUCAAUUUUAAAUCUUACCCAGCCGAUGAAGCUAUCCUUGGGACCAUGCUUCAGGCAAACUUCAUGGUUUCAUAUGACCUUCGAAGGAGGCAAAUUGCAUUCAAGAAAAUGAAUUGCGCCUAUAGCCACCUGGACUGA